AUGCCGCGGCGCCUGCAGCCCCGGAGCGCGGGCACAAAGGGCCCGCCUGGCACGACCGCGACGGCUUCGGAGGCCGCCUCGCGUCCCCACGCCUUGGCCUCCGGGGACUCUCCGGCAUCCGCCAAGCCGCUGCUGCGCUGGGACGAGGUGCCCGACGACUUCGUGGAGUGCUUCAUCCUGUCGGGCUACCGGCGGCUGCCGUGCACCGCGCAGGAGUGCCUGGCCUCGGUGCUGAAGCCCACCAAUGAGACGCUCAACUUCUGGACGCACUUCAUCCCGCUGCUGCUGUUCCUGAGCAAGUUCUGCCGCCUGUUUUUCCUGAGCGGCCGCGACGUGCCCUUCCACCAUCCGUGGCUGCUGCCGCUGUGGUGCUACGCGUCGGGCGUGCUGCUGACCUUCGCCAUGAGCUGCACGGCGCACGUGUUCAGCUGCCUGUCGCUGCGCCUGCGCGCCGCCUUCUUCUACCUAGACUACGCGUCCAUCAGCUACUACGGCUUCGGGAGCACCGUGGCCUACUACUACUACCUGUUGCCAGGCCUGAGCUUGUUGGACGCCCGGGUGAUGACCUCGUACGUGCAGCAGCGCCUGGGCUGGCACGUGGACUGCACGGGCCUCAUUGCCGCCUACCGCGCGCUCGUGCUGCCCGUGGCCUUCGUGCUGGCGGUGGCCUGCACUGUGGCCUGCUGCAAGAGCCGCACCGACUGGUGCUCUUACCCGUUCGCGCUGCGCACCUUCGUCUUCGUCAUGCCCCUGAGCAUGGCCUGCCCCAUCAUGCUGGAGAGCUGGCUCUUUGACCUGCGCGGGGAGAACCCCACGCUCUUCGUGCACUUCUACCGCCGCUACUUCUGGCUGGUGGUGGCUGCCUUCUUCAACGUGAGCAAGAUCCCCGAGCGCAUCCAGCCGGGCCUCUUCGACAUCAUCGGCCACAGCCACCAGCUCUUCCACAUUUUCACUUUCCUCAGCAUCUACGAUCAGGUGUACUACGUGGAGGAGGGCCUGCGCCAGUUUCUCAAGGAGCCACCGGACGCGCCCACCUUCCUGGGCACCGUGGGCUACAUGCUGCUGCUGGUCGUCUGCCUGGCGCUGGUCAUCAAGAAGUUCCUCAGCAACGCCGAAUUCUACAGUAAAAAGUGAGCCUCCUCCUUGGGGGAGGCUGCCGGCUCGCCCACCAGUUUGUUGGGGAGCUUCUGUUGGUUUGUUUUGAAGUUCUGUCGUGUUUCCUUCUUUGCUUGAGGAGGGUGCUGCGAAACCACAAGGGAAAAAUCCAGCAAGGCAGGAGGGUAUCAGCGCACCUGGAGCUUUGGGAGAGGGAGGUGGGACAAAUGGGAGGGAUAAGGCAGCUGGUUCUUGUCCUUGGAGAAAAUUCAGAUGGUGUCUGUGGCAUCAGGGAUCCUUCUAAGGCAGCGAAUAAAACCCCCACUAAAACCCCAAACGGUUCAAUUUUCCAGUCGUCCUCUCCGCCAGAGGUAAUAUCAAGUGACCCUUGUGAGGUCAGGCAUGGAGUAAAAAGGGUAAGUAGACGAAAUCCCUGGGUACUUCCAUUUGGUUCUGAGGAAUGCUCGGAUUUGUUGAGGAAUAGACCUUUGUAGAAAAUCAGCAAGGAGACACAAACCCAGGGUUUAACCUGCUAGAAAAUGCAUGGACUGUGAACACAUGUUAAUUAUUUCAAAAUGUUUUCUCAGAUGUUAUUUAAAUAGUAAUAUAUACAAUGGUUUUUCAUAAUUUAUCAAAGCCUGUGAUCUGCACUGAAUUUUCUUUGUCGUGUAGUUUUGAAUUUUGCAGCCCUUCUGCAUUGCGUACACUUGAACUGGACAUCAGGGCAAGCUGCUUGAGAGUUCUCAGCUACUUUUUUUACACAGUAUUUUUUGGAGGCCUAUGUGUGUCAUGAUACAACUGUGAAUUAUUCUACUGUAGGGACUCUGGUUAAACUAUUGAGAAGGAGUUAAAUGGUUUGUAUAGAUCCCAGAUUCCUAUUUACUUUAAUGUAUUCCAUAAAACCCAUCUGAUUUUUUUUUUGCUCUGUUUUUAAU